CAGGCGCAGUUCAACCCAGUAGCACCACUCAGCUCCUUCAGCUGUCAUUUCUCCUCUCACCCCGUGGUGUUGACUGUCGUCUGUGCCAACAUGGGUCUGAUCACAGGACUCUGUACUUUCUUGUACCACUUCCCUCAGAUUUACAAAUGGCUGCUGAAACCGUAUUAUAUCACCUCGCUCUUCAUGACCGUCGCCUUCCUGGUGGUGCGAAAGGCUCCCGGUCUGUGCGAGCACCUGGCGAGCCAGAGGGAGGACGGCAACUCCUGCGACUUUGACUGGAGAGAACUGGAGAUUCUCAUGUUUCUCAGUGCAAUAGUGAUGAUGAAGAACAGGAGAGCCAUCACACUGGAGCAGCACAUAGGCAACUUAUUCCUGUUCAGUAAAGUGGCCAACACCAUCCUCUUCUUCAGGCUGGACAUUCGGCUCGGCAUCCUUUACCUCGCAUUGUGUGUCGCAUUCGUCAUGACCUGUAAGCCACCUCUCUACAUGGGCCCAGAGUACAUCAAGUACUUCAGUGACAAGACCAUAGAUGAGGAGCUGCAGAGGGACAGUCGCGUCACCUGGAUUGUUGAAUUUUACGCCAACUGGUCUUCUGACUGCCAGUCCUUCGCUCCCGUCUUUGCCGACCUUUCUCUCAAGUACAACUGUGCUGGACUCAGGUUUGGGAAGGUAGAUAUUGGACGCUAUGGAGAGGUUUCAGAGAGGUACAGGGUUAGUACUUCCCCUCUGGCCAAGCAGCUGCCCUCACUGCUGCUUUUUCAAGGAGGGCGGGAAAUUAUGAGACGUCCAAUGGUGGACAAUAAAGGGAGAGCGGUAUCUUGGACCUUCAAUGAGGAGAACAUCAUCCGAGAGUUUAACCUCAACGAGCUCUUCCAGAAAGCCAAGAAACUGAACAAAGGUCGUGGUUUGAAGGGAGAGGAGCACAACGGCACUCAGCCAGGUGAGGGCAGUGACGAGCUCCAUGCUGAUGCUAAAACCCCAGAGCAGCCCACAGAGAGCAAGAAGGACCAGUGAGGCGAAGAGGAUGAUUCAGAGGGGGACUUGCAUGGAGUCUUACCUUCCCCCCCCCCCAACAUUGCCACGCCUUACAUUAUUGCUAAAGUCCAAAAUAUUAUGGAAUGGAAAGAAGAAAAUAGGUUCAACCACUACUAGAGGUCAUCUCUACAUUAAGUCUUUACUGUGACAAAUAAAUAUCCAAAGAAGCUGGACCACAUUUCCCUGGUCUGACUGGGUAUGAUGUAGUGUGUUUGAUUGCAGCCAUGCAAAAGCUCAAGCAAUGAUUUGGGGACAUUUUAUAACAGUAAGUUAUUUAAGAACAAAUGCCUUUUUUGUAAUGAUUGUUUUUUGUUUUUUCGGCUACUUUUAGCAACAUCUCAUCACUCCGUGUAAACUUUUGCUGUCUGUAUUUUGCAACUAGAGUGUUUACUGAUGUUUCAUAUUUAAAAAAAGGUGAGUGGUGAAACUGAAAUAAAAAUGACUGUGAACAGUUAAGAUUCAUGACACAUUCA